UCAAACGUGUGCAAUGUGUUGGUUAUUUUAGUAGAAUAUCGGUGAAUUAUGCUAAUAAUUACAGUUAUAAUAAUGUUUUCAUGAUUCAGUCGAAUACAAAUUUAAUGAAGAUUGUAUUUUUAAGUUGAAUAAAAAAAUGUUUCAAGAAAAGCACAGUACCCAAAAAUAUAUAUUAUGAUACAGAGGAUAACAAUUGGUAACUUUUAUGAUUUUUCGCUGGGCUUCUACUCAUUUAAAAGACGAAUUAGACCACUGCGCACUGGCAGUGUCUUGCAUACACGACGGUGUACCUGUGUACGGCAUAGCGCCGGACAACCGUACCGCUCGCCUCUUCCUCGACACUUGCGACGCGCACGAGUAUAACUGUGACCACAAAACUAGUUACAGGCCCUGCAUCGAACAUCCCGACACAGGAAAGUCAAACUGUGCGGUCAGAGUAGAUGAAUCUGAAGAAUAUACGAGAUUGUCUAAAUUACUUCUUGGGAUACGAAAGUCAUCAAAAAGUCCAAACAAGACAUCAAAGAAAAAUGUUAAACAUGACCGAAAAAAACAACGAGGGAUUUUGGAACUUAGUAAUAAGAAGAGGAGAUUGAGAAAAGGAUAAUACGUAGAAGAAACAUUGAGGAAAAAACCUUUAUGUCGCACAGCUAAAUGUAGUUAAGGUCUUGUCGAGAACAAAACUUAUUAAAUUGCUUUUACUCUAAGAAAUACAAUGUUAUAAAUU